GUCUCCACAAAUUUUAGUUUUUCUUCUAUAUUUUUUAUUUUCUGCACCCAGUGCCGGUGUGUUUAAGUAUACAAUUUUCGCUGCUAUUUAAUGUUUUUAAGCUGUAACGUACUUUACUUUUCACUGCUCGCGUGACCAAAAAGAGGACUUGUGGAUUCUAAACUCGAAGCAGAAAAGAUGCGCGUGUUCCUUUCCCUGCUACUCUUCUGUCUGCCAAUAGAGGGCGACACCACACCAAUCAGCUGCUACAAUGACCAAGGAGAGGCUGUUGAUUGGUUUUACCUCUACAAGCUUCCAAAACAACAUGGCAGGAAAUCUCCUGAAAAGGGUGAGAAAUACUUACUGCUGGACAAAGGGAGUCAAGGAUGGAUUGAAGGAAAGGUGGUGGUGAAUGACAGCACGGGGGCCCUGGGCAGGACAGUAGGACAACUGUACACACAACGAAAGAAUUCAGAUGUAGCGUUCAUACUGUACAAUGACCAGAGUCCACCGACAAGACCCAGUGACAGAUGGCUGAGUGACAUUAAUCAUGAAGGUGGACACACAAAAGGUGUGGUGCUGCUGGAUAAAGAGCAAGGCUUCUGGUUGGUUCACAGACCCACCUUCACCCCUGUGCAAAAAGCAGGCGAGUUUUCUUACCCCAGCACUGGAGUGACCAACGGACAAAACUUCAUUUGUGUGACCUAUCCUGUUAAUUUGUUUUGUACUGCAGGAGAGCAGCUGCAGAUCAAUCAGCCUCAUGUGUAUGACUGUGACGUCCCUGACUCCUUGGCAUCUCUGGUGCCUUCACUGGCUGCUCUCUGUAAGACAAAACAUCUGUCCAGUCACAUUUUUCCUCCAGUAAAAAUUAUGGCCAAUCGCAGCGUUACUCUGACCUCAAAGGAUGGCACCAACUUCAUCAGCUUUGCAAAGGGAUCCUCUUUUGACAAUGACUUGUACCAUUCCUGGGUGGCCCCCACUCUCCAGUCAGAUCUGCUGGUCCAGUUUUGGAUUCGCUCCACUGGUGUCCUUCCCUCUGAUUGCUCUCAAGGCUGGAAGGUACUGGACAUCGUGCUUAUUUCCCCAGGACAGACGUUCACCUUCGAAACGAGCCAGGACCACUCAAAGUGGGCUGUUAGCACCCAGGCACAGGGGACAGGUCCUGGAGGAGGAUGGGUGUGUGUGGGAGACAUAAACCGGAACGAGGCGGAGGAGAAGCGAGGUGGAGGAACAGCGUGUUUGCAGGAUCCUGUGGUUUGGAAAGCCUACCGUUCGGCAGCACUAAAGUGUGAGGCCUGCGGAGGAGGAGUCAUUGAUUGUUGAUGCGCUACUUCUGCUUAAUGUAUUUUUAUGGUAUGACAACUUGUCUUAAGGAAAGCUCAAUCAGCUAUUCGGUAUGCGUGUUUGUAAUGACUACUAAAAUGACUGUGUACUACUUUUAAAAUCUUU